CUUUUGAGCUUCUCUCUCACGAUCGAAUGCGUUUUUUUGCAUUGUGUCAAGAAGAAGAAGAACAUUGAAAUCAAGAAGAUCCUCUUUGAGCGUUAGAGAUGGCUUCGGUGUCACCAUUGGCUAAGUAUAAACUGGUCUUCUUAGGAGAUCAAUCUGUCGGAAAAACAAGCAUCAUCACACGUUUCAUGUAUGAUAAGUUCGACACAACCUACCAGGCUACUAUUGGAAUCGAUUUCUUAUCGAAAACAAUGUACCUUGAAGAUCGAACUGUUCGUCUCCAGCUUUGGGAUACUGCGGGACAAGAAAGAUUCAGAAGUUUGAUUCCAAGUUACAUAAGAGACUCUUCUGUUGCUGUAGUUGUUUAUGAUGUAUCCAAUAGGCUUUCAUUUCUCAACACAUCUAAAUGGAUCGAAGAAGUUCGUACGGAAAGAGCCGGUGAUGUUAUCAUUGUUCUUGUCGGAAACAAGACCGAUCUUGUCGAUAAAAGGCAAGUCUCGAUUGAAGAAGGAGAUAGCAAAGGUCGUGAGUAUGGAGUUAUAUUCAUUGAGACUAGUGCAAAAGCAGGGUUCAAUAUCAAGCCUUUGUUUCGCAAAAUAGCUGCGGCGUUACCAGGGAUGGACUCGUAUUCAAACAUGAAAACUGAGGAUAUGGUUGAUGUUAACCUAAAAGCUACUUCGAACUCAUCCCAAGGCGACCAACAAGGAGGAGGCUGCUCGUGUUGAUGGUUCACAAAGACAAGAGAAGAGAGUCAUCUUUCUUACGAACAAGAGCCUUAGAUCGUUCGGCUUGCAUCUCCGACUGGUUAUCGUUUAUCUGUCUAAAUGCUAUAAAGAAGCUGUGAGAUGUCAGUUUCCUCUUUUUAACAUAUCUGUCUGUGAAUCCGAGUUGUUACUGUGACUUUUCGUGCGAGUGUAUUUGUUUUACAGUAUGGUUGAUGCAGUUAAUUUGCAGUAUAUUA